CAAGAACCAAGCAAGCAACCCGAGCAAGCCCAACGGCCUCCGUGCCUCCAAGCGCUCCCCGAGCACCAUGAAGCUCCUACACCACCUCCUUGUCAGCGCUGCGUGCGUGUCUGUCCUCGCCGCGACUUCGGCAACACCUUCGGCGGCUGCACACGUCGCAGAAGGAACCUUCGCCUCUCCGGCAACCGACGUAGGCGUGUCGAGACUGCUUCGAGGCCCCGACGAAGAUGACAACGACAGCAGCGAGUCCGCCGCGGGACUUGAAGAAGAAGAUGACGAGGACAGCAGCGAGACCGCUUUUGAUCUUGAGGCGGACGACGACGACGACAGCAGCGAGCUCCUUGAUCCCGAGUUGGAUUCCGAGGAAGACACGCCAAACCCGUACCGCCGGCUGAAGGGAUCGACGAUGACCCCGUCGAAGACCACGAAGGCAUCGCCGCCUAAGCCUGCCACUACACCCAAGCCUGCAACGCCUACCAAACCUCCCGCACCGUCCAAGACACCGGAAGCGACGAAGCCUGUGAAGGCACCGGAGCACCCGAAAACGAAGAAGCCGGCUCCCACGCCGACACCAACGCCAACUGCCACCCCCACCCCAACACCGACGACCACGCCGACAGUGACGCCGUAUGCAGCAGAUGCGGCGACCUCAAAUCCUUCCUCCGAUAUGACCGCGUCGGAUGCGACGGCCACGACCACUUCGGAUGCGGCCACGUCGACAUCCGCUGUGUAAGUGUACGAAUGGGGUGCUCGUGUUGAUAGACCUGUAUGUUUUGAAGUUUGUAAGUGCUGUGCGAUUCGAGGAAUUGAUUGAUGUGAAUAUAAAGUCAAAUUUGUGAGUAUC